UCAGAAUCGUCUGCAGAGGUUUUAGUUACGAGUUUAUUGAUUACGUUUGCCAUAUCUUUUUACAAACAUUUAUUGAUAUCCAACAACUAAUAUUAAUUAGCCGAAACAGUUAUAAUUAAGUGCCGCGAGCUAAAUUUAAGUGAAGUGUGUUUUUAAUUUAAAUCAAGUUUGAAAAUUGUUUUAUUACAAAAUAAAUCAUUCACAAGACAAAAUGGGAACAUUGUUAAAUUUGUUAUUAAUAAUGUUGAUACCAACAAUAAUGGGUCAAGAUUUUAUAUUUCCUGAUGACGACAUGUUUAAACAAUCGAAUGCACCAAUUUUGCCACCUUUGGCAUUGGGUGCAGUUCCGUCAAUUCGACGUCCAACUCAACCGAUUCUAAGUAAAUCACCGGUAAAUCAACUUAAUUCAAACGGUCUAUCUGAUGGCAUUAACACACUUGGUCUACAAAUUAACAAUGAACUUCACAUCGGUCAAGAGCGUUCAUAUACUCAAGAUCGUCCGGUUGUUUUUUCACCAUUAAAUAUUGCAGAAGCGAUAUACAUGUUAUUGCUUGGUGCAAAUGGACAAACUUACAACGAAUUAUCAAAAUUUUUGGGUAUAACUGAUUUAAAUAAUUCACAACGUUGGCAUGACCAAUUUGGACAAGUAUUACAGAGUUUUGAAGAUCCAAAUCCAGAUAGUCCAAAAUUAACAGCUGCCACUGGAUUAUUUGUGCAAGAAGGUUAUCCCAUUCGAAAUGAAUAUCGUGAUAUUGUAAAACGUAUUUAUAAAAGUGACAUUAAUAAUUUAAAUUUCAUUCGUUAUCCUGAACAAGCUAAAAAUUAUAUUAAUAAUUGGGUUAAUACACGUACAAAUGGAAAAAUUCAACAAAUUUUAACAGAACCGCCUCCAGUGACAACAAAAGUGAUUCUUACUACAGCAUUGUAUUUUAAAGGGGCUUGGGAACAACCAUUUAUUCAAGAAGCUACCCAAAAGCGACCAUUUUAUCCGUAUGGGCGCAAAAACAAGACAUCAGUGUUGGUAGAUAUGAUGGCUAAUUUUGGACAAUUUCGUUACAUUAAAGAUAAAGAAUUAAACUGUGAAAUGAUUGAAUUACCAUACAAAGGAGGUACUACAUCCAUGCACGUCAUAGUUCCAAUGAACUCUGAUCGUGAAAAAUUACGUACCUUAGAAAAACGAUUAACACCAGAUAUCAUUAAUCGUUUAAUCGAACAGUCAAAUAUAUCCGAUAGUUUAAUUGUUUUCCCAAAAAUGCGAAUAGAAUCCACCAUGGAGCUCAGCUCAAUUUUAUCGGAUUUAGGCAUUCAAACAUUAUUCGAUCCAAGUUUAUCAAAUUUAGGUGUAUUGUCACCUGGACCCAGAAAUGAAAUUAAAAAAAAUGAGGGUACGUUAUUGUCCAAUCGUUUUGGUGAUGAAAUCAAAACAAAUUGUUCUCAUUUCUUCGAACAAAAUAAUAUUUUACCAAAUUGUAUCGAUCAACUUCCACAGCCAGUAAAUAACUACACAAAAGUAAUAUACAAACGAUUUGGUUCAACGAUUGGACGCCGCUUUGCACGACAUUAUAUUAGACGAGAACAUUCUUUUUCGUCUGUUCAUAGAAUCAGUAAACGUCAAACUGGAAGAUCUAUUGACGAUGUACGAAACUCCGUUAAUCAAAAAAGCGUAAAUCCUGGAUUAUAUGCUGACGAAGUUUUACAUAAAGUUUAUAUUGACAUCAAUGAAAGUGGAACCGAAGCUGCCGCUGCGACUGAUGUUACAAUUACAAAAAGUUUAAUUCGUACAGUGCGAUUGGAUCAUCCAUUUUUGUUCUUUAUUCGACAUCAUGCAUCAAAAAUGAUUUUGUUUUGGGGUUCGAUUAAUACUCCUGUUCCCAACUAUCCAGUGGAAAAAUAAUUUCGUAUCUAUAAUUAAGGAGAUGUUAAAAUAAUUUACGUAUUCUCUAUUUCACAAUCUAUGUUCGACGAAUAAUACGUUUCCUUCAUCAUCAUAAGUUCCUAUCUAUUUUUGUAUUAGAAAUCGAUAUUGCAGCUAUAUAUUCGAUAGAAACAAUUGAGUCGAAACUCAUUCUAAGUCACUUUCUACAUGAAAUCCAUUUAGUUAACUUAUUCCUUGAAGUAAGAAGAAUGUAAGUCAAUAUUUCCUAUUUUUGUCCAUUUAAUGAUGAGUAAUUAUUUCCAAUCAAGGACCUGUCUCCUCUGGUGUGACCUUAGCUUUACUUUACACAUGCAUCAACAUAGUUCGAUUGAAACUCCAAACUUAAAUAGGAAGUGACAUUAAAAUUAGCUUUAAUAGGGUAAGAUCUUUACUUUUCCCCAUCAACAUUAAGGAUAGAGUAGUAACACGUGUUACAGCCGUGGACAUGAUAAUAAUGCCAUUUUUAACCGCAAUAUUCCGCGAAGAUAAUUUAUUUAUAUAUAUCCAUAAAUCGAAUGCAAAUUUAUAUAGAAAUUUAAAGUUUAAAAUUAAUAAAUGUACGCUACAUAGUUAUUUCACUAGUCAUAAAACACGUACUAGAUUUCAUUAAAAAGAACUCGAAACGCGUACGCAUUACAUUUAAUAACGGAAUAACCUCAAAACUUUUAACAUCUCUUCAAAAUAAUAACUUUUUUCAAACGGUUUUAAAAAUUUAAGUAAUUUUAAGUCCCAAGACUUACUUUUUAGAUAGCUCUAAAUAAUUUUCUCUACAAAGUAACGAGGUAAAAUAAAUGUGAUCAAAUU